AGGAGGAAUAAGAAGAAGACGAAGAAGAUUUUUUUUAAGAUUGUAUUUUUUAAUCAAGACUUCAAAUAUACAAACACGUCAAACAAAACCAGUACACUCUAAAACAACAGACUAGGCUAAAAAGAAGAAGAAGAAGAAGAAGAAGAAGAAGAAGAAGAAGAAGAAGAAGAAGAAGAAGAAGAAGAAGAAGAAGAAGAAGAAGAAGAAGAAGAAGACUGAAUACUUCCGUUUCCGGAAGGCGAUCCCAGGAACCCGCAACAUCAACAUCCACACACAAUUUAGUACAAAUCGGUGUCUGAGAUGUCAGGACAGAAGCGUCCUGGCGACACCAGCGGUCCUUCCUCCUCAGGCGCUCCUCCUGAGAAGCGAAGGGAGAGGGAAGGAGGAGAGGAUGGAGGGCCAGGGGUCAGCGCCACCGCUGGAGGGAGCACCGCUGUGGAAACGGUCAUCAAACUCGGAGGGGUGUCCAACUCCGAGGAGCAAGAUAUCAAAGCUCUCCAAGCUAAGAACCGAAAGCUGGGAGAAGCUCUUGAUCAAAGACAGGUUAUUGAGGAUGAGCUGCGAGAGCGAAUUGAGAGAUUGGAGACCCGCCAGGCCACAGAUGAUGCCAGUCUGCUGAUCCUCAAUAGAUACUGGAACCAGUUUGAUGAAAAUGUGAAGCUCAUUGUUAGGCGUUACGACCAAUCAGGUAGUGAGCCUGAGAAAUCUCCCAUUGUGGAUGGGCGAAGCCUGAAGCCGGAAACUCCAGAACCUGAUGGAGACUCAAACCAGGAGAGAGCCAAGGACAGAGGGCACCAGGGAGAGACAGCCACCUCUUUCCUCGCCACACUCGCAAGUAGCACCAGUGAGGAGAUGGAGGCGGAGCUGCAAGAGAGGGUGGAGUCCAGCCAGAAGCAGGCCAAUCGUGUGGUGGAGAUCUAUGAGGGUCUUAAGAGCACCGUGGACCAGCUGAAGAUUGAUCUGGACUCAGAAUCAGAGGGCUGUUUGUGGCAGGUAGCCUCACAGCUCAACACCCUUCUGAACAAUGAAAAUGACCAGCUACACCUGCUGACAGAUGAUCUCCAACAGAAACACAGUCACAUGACCGGCGAGUUUCGGUCCCUGGGUCGUGCGAUGGGCAAGGCAGACACACGGGUCAGCGAGCUGCAGGGUCUGAUCGAGGAGCUCCAAUGGGAUACAGAGAAGAUCCGCCGCCGAGAGAACCGACUUAAUGCACACCUGAGUGAGAUCCUUGAGAGGGUGAACAGUAAAGGCUAUAAGGUGUGCGGGGAGGCCAGCAGUGUAUGUGGGACCAUCACCAUUAACAAGAGAAAGUUUGAGGAGAUGAACAGUGAGUUGGAGGAGAACCGGGAGCUGGCGGAAAACCGUUUAAGCGAGCUGCAGAAACUUCAGCAGGACCUGCAGACCGUCAACCAAGAUAAUAACAACAUGAAGGCAGAGUUGUUAAGUCGUGCAGAGGGCAUGGUAAAGGAGAGCUCUGAAUAUCGCUGUUUGCAGUCCCAGUUCUCUGUGCUCUACAAUGAAUCCCUGGUCUUGAAGGCUCAGCUGGAUGAGACACGCAGUCGCCUCAACACCACCAGGACCGCGCGUCUUCGCCAGCUAGAACACAUGGAGAAUGAUGAGGUGGCCCUGCAGAGGAAGGUACGCACAGAGGUGUUUCAGCUAGAGGACACACUUGCCCAGGUCAGGAAGGAGUACGAGAUGCUUCGCAUUGAAUUUGAGCAGACCCUUGCAGCCAAUGAGCAAGCAGGCCCUAUUAACAGGGAGAUGCGUCACUUGAUCAGCACUCUGCAAACCCACAAUCAGCAGAUGAAAGGAGAAGUGUUGAAAUACAAGAUGAGACUGAGAGAGACUCAAACUGAACUCAAUCAGGUCCGUGCUUUGAAGGGCAGCACCAUCCUCCAAUCCCAGUCGAGCACAGAAAUAGACGUGAAGGAGGAGACUACCUCUCCUCCCACCCCAGCCGCCUCUAGUGAUGCUGCUGUCAAAACAGAAUCUGACAACGGUUCCGCAACACCCAGCAACACUGGUGCCUUGGUGAAGAUGGAGACUGGAACUGAGGCAGAGGCAACAGUGAAGGAGGAGGAGAAGGAGGACAGGAAAGAGAAGGAGGAGAAGAAAGAGAAGGACACAAUAAAGAAAGAGGAGAAGGACAGAGAGCGAGAGAAGGAGAGAGAGCGACCAACCCGCAGCAGCGGGGGUAAUGCAGUGGUGAAGGAGGAGAAGGAGAAGCCAGGGAGCAGUAGCCAGCUGGAAGAGUCAGCUGGGGAACGCCUGUCUGUGGUUGGAGGACCAAAGAGGAAGGAGAUGGAGCAGCUGAAGAUUGUCCGUACAGAACUCAAAAAAGCCCAGGAGUCCCAGCGGGAGAUGAAGCUGCUGCUAGACAUGUACCGGUCAGCACCCAAGGAGCAGAGGGACAAAGUCCAGCUCAUGGCAGCUGAGAAGAAGACCAAGUCAGAGGCAGAGGAGCUGAAGCAGAGGCUGAGGGACCUGGAAGAGAGGGAGCGAAGGGAAGGCAAGAAAAUGGCUGACGAAGAGGCCCUGAGGAAGAUUCGCUCUGUAGAGGAGCAGAUCGACAUCCUCAACAAGAAGCUUUCAAUAGCAAAACAGGAGGAGGAUGCCUUGCUCAGCGAGAUGGAUGUGACAGGCCAGGCAUUUGAGGACAUGCAAGAGCAAAACAUCCGACUGAUGCAGCAGCUCAGGGAGAAGGACGAUGCCAACUUCAAACUGAUGAGUGAGCGGAUCAAGUCCAACCAGAUCCACAAGCUUCUCAAAGAAGAGAAGGAAGAGCUGGCCGACCAGCUGCUCACUCUCAAAACACAGGUGGAUGCACAGCUGCAGGUGGUGAGGAAGCUGGAGGAGAAGGAGCGCCUCUUGCAGGGCACUAUCAGUACUGCAGAGAGAGAGCUGGCCCUAAGGACACAGGCUCUGGACAUGAACAAACGCAAGGCUCAGGACUCGGCGUUGUUGUCAGAGGAGGUGCGUUCUCAGCUUGAGCAGGUGCAGCAGAAACUCAACCUAGUCAGAGAGGAGGUCAUUGAGAACAGUAUCUCCAGGGAAAAGGAGUCUUUUAAUGCCCGACGUGCACAGGAGGACAUCUCCAAACUUCGGAGGAAGAUUGAGAAGGCGAAGAAACCGGCAGAGAAAAUCAGCAACGGAGAUGAGAUUCUCAAUGAGGAAAUCAAUGAGUAUAAGGCACGUCUGACCUGCCCAUGCUGUAAUUCCCGGGUUAAGGAUGCCGUCCUGACCAAGUGCUUCCAUGUCUUCUGCUUUGAAUGUGUGAAGACCCGCUAUGACACACGCCAGAGGAAAUGCCCCAAGUGCAAUGCCGCCUUUGGAGCCAAUGACUUCCAUCGCAUUUACAUCGGCUAGGUCACUGAGCGAUGAUGCUCUAUGGGGGGGGGGGGGGUCCGACAACAAACACAGUCACAAAAGACACUGCCGAGAGCAAGACUCACCACUGUGUUCACUUGUUUUCUCCUCUUGGUUCUUAGCCUUCACCCUCUUCCAAUGUGUAUGGGGUAGUACCAGUGUGAGAGCCACGUGAUGAUUCCAGUCUACCAGGGGCUGAUGGCCCUUUUUAAACCAUGACUGAAUUCAACCUCUCCCAUCUGUUAGUCUGAUGGUGGUGGGGCGGUGGUCAAGACAACUGAGAUUCUGCCAGUUUGCGUAACGAAUAGGGUUUUGUCGAUGGUGCGUGUGUGCACAUGCAGAAAGAAGCAGAUGCGCCAUCAAGUGAAGAAAAUGUUUAGUAGUGAGUUACUUUUUUAAGGAACUCUGCUCCAUCUGUAGUUGAUAUCUGUACGAUGUUGCUGUUUUGUCUCUUUUUUUAUUUGAAAACUGACCCUUCAGGCUUUAAUGUGUUCAGAUUUUGAUUUUAUGAUGUGUGAUUGCUGCUCUGCUAGAUAUUAAACUGCCAUCAAAUU